UAGUGGCGGUGUUAUGUGGUAUUAAUUCAUAAAGGCACAAUAGAAAGUUAACUUAAUAAGGAGUGUAUGUAUUGUGGUGUGAUUAAUAGAAAGUGAAAACAUUAUUAUUAAAAAUAAAUAAAAUUGUCUCAUUUGGAACGUAAAAAAUGGGAUGUAACGCAAGUUCCGAAGAGGAACCACAACAAAAUCGUCCAAAAUAUCGAACGUGUACAGAUACAUUUUGGUUGGCUACUUUUAUAUUAUUUUGGCUUUUUUUGAUUGUUAUUGCAAUAUUUUCAUUUGUCUAUGGAAAUCCUUUGCGUGUCAUUAAUGGUUAUGACUCGUUUGGCAAUACGUGCGGUGUUAAAAAAAAUGAACGUUAUCCAAAUUAUCCACUUUCUGGUUUAAAUACAAUCGAUAAACCCCACCUAUUAUAUUUUGAUGUUCGAAAAUUAAAGGACUCAAUUAAAGUAUGUGUUAAGGAGUGUCCAAAAACGACAUUAAAUAAACGCGAAGAUGUAUACGAUUAUUAUUUAAAGACCGAAAAUAAUCUAUGUCGCUACGACUUUAAUAUGUCAAUUAUAGCGAAUGAUAAACAGGGUGAUUUAUCAAAAUUGUUUAACUAUUUAGGACCUUGUCCUGAUUUUCCAAUUUAUGAAAGUACACCUGUCUUACACCGAUGUGUUCCGAAGAGUAAAAAUGCUCCAGUUCAGGAUAUGUACAAAAUGUUAAACUCUUGGGAUGCUGCUCAACAAUUUUUGGGCGAUAUAUAUGCAACAUGGCAUUACAUUGCAAUUAUAUGUGGCAUAUCAUUUCUGAUUUCUAUUGCCCUGGUGACUCUAAUGCAUUGGCUUUCGCGUAUUGUGUCGUGGCUUAUUUGCGUGUUAGUUAUAAUUGCCAGUAUUGGUUUAUGUGGAGCUUUGUGGUAUGCAUAUUAUAGCAUUAAACAUAAACAACAGAUCAACACUCAAUUCUCAUAUUUGGAAGAGUUUGUUCGUAAUGAACAAGCCGUAUUUACACUGGCCGUUUUAGCAACUAUAACAAUGAUAAUAUUAAUAGUCAUUAUAUAUUACUUAAAAAAUAAACUUUCCGGUCUAUCGGCGUUAUUUGAAGAAUCUGGAAAAUGUAUGAUGAAUUUGCCAGGACUUAUUAUAGCACCUCUAUUAGCUUUUAUAGUAUUAGCGAUAUUCUUAGCCUUUUGGGUACUAGUUGUCAUCUGUAUAGCUACUGCAAGUGCUCCUGGAGAUAAGAAUCCCUUUGCCCCUCUCGACAAUACUGCAGCCCACGCUACCACUACAGAUGUUACAUUUACAAAUACAGGCACAAAAAGCUUCCAACCCAUAGAAUACACCGAGGCCAAAACACUAAAAAGCAUGUUCUGGAUUUAUGUAAUUGGUCUUAUUUGGACAACUGAAUUUAUUUUUGCCUGUCAGCAAUUUGCACUAGCGGCUGCUGUAGCUUUUUGGUACUUCGAUAAACCUACCAGCACUCCUACCGUAUAUGCUAUUGGGAAAUUGGUGAAAUAUCAUUUGGGUACUGUAGCAAAAGGCUCAUUUGUAAUAACUAUUUUCAAAAUUCCGCGACUAAUUCUGACUUACUUAUAUGCCAAAUUAAAGAAAGGCGAAGAUAAAGGUUCUGAAUGUGCUGCUUGCUGUUUAAAAUGUUGUAUAUGUGGCUUUUGGUUAUUGGAGAAAUUCAUACGUUUUCUAAAUCAUAAUGCGUAUACAGUGGUUGCAAUAGAAUCAAUAAACUUCUGCCCGGCAGCUGGUAUUGCAUGGAAUGCAAUGGCCACAAAUGCUUUACAAGUCGCUACAAUCAACAGUGUUGGCGAUUUUAUUCUAUUCUUGGGAAAAAUCGUAGUUGCUGCUAUUGCAGGUCUCAUUGGUAUCUUUGUAUUAAAAGACAAGCCUGGUCUGAACUUCUACAUGGCCCCCGUUAUAUUAAUCAUUGUCUUUUCUUUCUUUAUUGCUCAUAUUGUCCUAUCACUUUUUGAAAUGGUUGUUGAUACACUAUUUUUAUGUGUAUGUGAAGAUAAAACUAUAAAUGGACGCGGCGGACGUUGGGCUCAGAGCAAUUUGGCGAAAUUAGUUGGUGAAGAACCACUGCAGCCAGGCGAAGAACCACCAAUACAAGUAGUCGAGAUGAUGCCUAUUAAUAAGCAACCAUUUAGCAUGACUAGUAAACCAAUGGUAGUGCCAGACGGUAUAGUGGAACCAAAUGACUAUUAAAAAGACAUUAUAAGAUAUUAAGUGAAAAGUUAUGUAAACGCACACUAUUUAAACAUAAUUAAAUUAAGCUUUAAUUUAUUAAUACAUACAUACAAUCAAAUAUAUUUUCUUAUUAUUUUGUAAUAUACUUAAAAUUUAUACAUAUUUUGAAUCUUUUAUCAUUGAAAACACAAAAGCAAAGAAUUUAUAACAUUAUGCAUGGAAUAUUGGUUAAUAAAUUAAAUUAUCUGAAAGAGUUUAUCGAGGGAAA